AUGGACAGCACUAAAGACAUGGUGAUGCGCGCUGAGGGUGGUCAGACUGGUACUCUGUCUGCCAAAACUGGCUCAAAUUUGUCGGAAGCUACUGGAGACCCCGUGCGAGAGCAACCGGACAACCUGAUUCACCAGAACAGCCUAAGCCCCGGCUCCGUGCCUUACUCGAGAAACCUAGUGGAAAUAGCUAAUAAGGGACAUCCUGCAAAGUGCGGAGAUGUGACAUUUGCUAGCAAGCCCUCUGCGCCGGGUAGAGAGUUGACAGACACCCCUAAUAAAGAAGCCAUCAGCUCAGAUGCGGAAUCGGACCUCUAUGAGGAAAUAGAUGUCAGCUGUACUCCCGAGAGCAUGGAUUACCCGAGUGGACAAGGACCGGAAACGGGCUCGCCGAACCAUGGCAAAGAAGUAGGCGUGGACAACAGUAAGGUGGGUUCAGGCCCAGGGGCUCUCAACUACGGUUCUGACCAGAUGCGACGGUAUCGAACAGCUUUCACGAGGGAGCAGAUAGCACGACUGGAGAAAGAGUUUUACCGGGAAAAUUACGUGUCCAGGCCACGUAGGUGCGAGUUGGCGGCUUCCUUAAAUUUACCGGAAACAACCAUCAAGGUUUGGUUUCAAAACCGUCGUAUGAAGGACAAGAGACAGCGGCUGGCGAUGACUUGGCCGCAUCCUGCAGACCCCGCCUUUUACACUUACAUGAUGAGCCAUGCUGCAGCCACAGGCAGCCUGCCCUAUCCAUUUCCAUCACAUCUUCCUCUACCUUACUAUCCUCUCAGCGGUGUGACUGCAAGUUCAGCCUCUGCCACCGGGGGUCCAUUCUCCAACCCUCUGCGCUCGCUGGACAGUUUUCGGGUUCUUUCGCAUCCAUAUCCGCGUCCUGAGCUGCUGUGCACCUUCAGACACCCAUCACUGUACCCCAGCCCGGGUCAUGGGCUUGGUCCCGGGGGAAGUCCAUGCUCCUGCCUUGCCUGUCAUGCUGCCAGUCAGUCAAAUGGUCUCCCACAGAGGUCCAACAACGCAGAUUUUUCGUGCUCGCCCACGACCAGGACUGAGGCCUUCCUAACGUUCUCGCCAGCAGUCCUAAGCAAAUCAUCUUCAGUCUCGUUGCACCAAAGGGAGGAAGUGCCACUGACCAGAUAA